AUGGCAUUCCCCAAACGUAUGUCAAUAGGCAGCUGGAAACAGCCUUUGAAGCCAGAGACACCGAAAGUAAUCACUUUCGAUGCUUAUAAUACCCUCUAUGCUACGACCUUGCCGGUCAUGGAACAAUACUCGAUAGUCGCCAAGAAAUACAACAUCAACACAGACCCAGAACAGUUAAAACAGCGAUUCCCAGCAGUAUUCAAAGCAUUGAAGAAAGAGCAUCCAAGUUACGGCAAGUAUACCAACAUUACGGCGAUUGAAUGGUGGUCUCUACUGAUAAGAAAUGUCUUCCAUCCUGCAGAAGCUUCAAAAGAGAUGAUAGAUGAGAUACUCUCGAGAUUUGAAGGUGAGCAAGCCUACAAAGUGUACCCAGACGUUCUGGAUUUUUUAAAAGAGGUCAAAAUGAAACAUCCUAAUGUGGUUCUUGGUAUUAUCAGUAACACUGAUCCAAUUGUUGAUAUAUUGCUGAAGAAUCUUGGGCUUCAUGACUUUUUCGAAGAUCAUAUAUAUCUGUCCUACAACCUUGGAGUGAAGAAACCAUCAAAAGAGAUUUUCGAUCGUGCUAUUGAGGACAUCUGUUCGAAAGUUCCUGGGCUCUUAGAGAGUUCGAGCCUGCAGGAUUUGAAAAGAAGGUGCUGGCAUUGUGGUGACGAGGCAACUAAUGAUUUGCAUGGCGCCGAACAGGCAGGCUGGAAUGGAGUGCUCAUUGAUAGACAUAACAAGUAUGGCUAUCUGUCCAAGUCCUUUGAAGAGGUCGAGCGAAGCGCAGACCUUUUAUCCAUUGAUAAAAUCGAUAGUAAUUGUGAUGCAAGCUACAAGCUAAGUUUAAAACAAACGGAUACACUUUUUCUAAAGGAAAGAGCUUGUGUUGUCUCCAACUUUGAGACUUUAAAAGCUAUGCUCCUUUAA